CAUUCGCAAACGUCGCUCCGCGCCGAUCCGGCAAAUCGUCAUUCGCUAUCAUUCGCGAAUGAUCACGCAGUGAAGAAACGUAGCCGGGUGAACUAGAUAAACUCCCCGCGUCGUUUUCAGUCAAUAACGAGUUCCCGGUUAAUGUUGGUCACAAUCACCGCGGCCAGUCACACUUCGCGCUAAUCGAGAAGAUGGCGAAUGUAAAUCGGUAGCUCCUAAAACUACUUGUAAAACUACUUGUAGUAACCUGGAUAUAUUAUUAUUAUAUUUCGACGAGAAGAGAUCGCUCGGGCUAGCGUGCCUUCUGAAAUCCGGAGCUACAUCUGAGACUUGGAAACGCGACAGUUGUUCGACAGAAUUUCUCGGAGCAAUAUCUCGGAAAUAUUCGCGCACCUCGCUUGAAUCGCAAGCAAUAGAACAAUAGAGUAGACAGUGUUUAUUUAUUGUUAUAUAAAAAUUGAAGUUACAUAAUCUUGCGCGCCAGUAGAUUAUCCGCGGAAUUCUAUCGAGCGAAAGAACACGAACGGACAAUUUUUAGCGGAAUAAAUUAUCGUCAAUAUUUAUUGUACUUAUAAGUGUGCGAUGAUAUUAUGUGUGAAAGAAAGAGAAUUAAAAAUAGAAAAGGAGAUGGCGCUUCUCGUAUCUGAAGUUGACGAAAUAUUAUGAGCGCGGAACAUUAUCAACGGAAUAUAAUUCGCACCAAUUAAUUAAUUUCAAGACGUGCGAAACUUUCUUUAAGUAAUCGGCUCUCAAGUCACUCGUAUCUUUUAUACAACGUGUAAGCAGUCGAUGAAUGUUGAUGAGAUUUAAAGUACUUUGUGAUAUAAUAUCGGGAUAAUUAUCGAAUAUAUAAAUACUCAUGGAGGAUUAUAAAGAGAUAUAAAGAGUAUCGAGCCGUGAAAGAAAGAGUGAGAGGAAAAGUGGUAGUUGAAAGAUAAAAAAAGAUUGAUACCAUUUUUUCAGAAUUAGAAAUCAUAUUUUUGUGCUUGAUGCAGCCGAAAUAUUAUUAAAUUAUUGUCGUCGUAUUAUUAGAUUUGAUUAAAAUAAUCGAAAUAAAGAAAAAAGCAUCAUGGCGAAUAUAAUAGAUAUUAAUAACAGACGAACAGAUAUUAAUGAUGCGAAUGAACAAACAGACUUUAAUAACGCUAAUGAGUUGACAGACGUGAAUAAUACCAUAAACGCACAAAUUGACGUUAUCAAUACAAAUGGACAGAAAUCGACUUGUGUUGAAAUCAAGAUGGAACCCAGUGUUGACGAAGAAAAGAAAUGGGAACGAGAUGGAACAAUUUAUCAAGUAUUGAUGAGCUUAUGCGCCAAUGUCGUAGUGCUGGGUCCAGCGAUGGGUUUUGGCUACAGUGCUGUGGCAGAACCUGCGAUGACAGCUCCAAAAACCGAUGAUUUGCAACUCGACGCUGAUCAGGCAAACUGGAUGGCUACUGUAUCAGCGUUGGGUACACCCUUCGGUUGCUUAAUCUCGAGCCUGGUAAUGGGACGAGGAAGGAAGAUCAGCUUGCUCGUGACGUCGUUGAUCUCACUGGCGGGUUGGGUGACAAUUUACAUGUCGAACAGUUACGAGCAGAUUUUGGUGGGGAGAACGAUUUCCGGCAUAUCUACGGGCAUGGCGUCGGUCCCGACGACGGUGUACUCGGCGGAAAUAGCGGGACCGAAGUGGCGAGGCACAAUGGUCACGUGGACCAGCAUCACCACCGCUGUCGGUGUUCUCAUCGUUUACAUCUUUGGAUAUAUUUUCAAGGAUGACUGGCGGCUAGUGGCCUUGAUGUGCGCUCUAUUUCCAGUGGUAGCGAUCGCUCUAAUUUUGCUAGCGGUACCCGAGUCACCACUAUGGCUGCGGGAUCAGAAUCGGCCCGAUGAAGCAUUGGAGAUCAUGAAAAAGUUCCGCGGCGUACCAAAGGAUCAACCGGCCCCGGCGGAACUUUUAUUCGAGCUGAAGCCGCGGGUGCAGAAGAAGAAUCAAAAUCUGCUGCAGCAUCUGAUAAAGAGGAGUUCCCUGGUGCCGUUCGCCAUAAUGCUCAUGUAUUUCUUCUUUCAACAAUUCUCCGGAAUCUUCAUUGUCAUAUACAAUGCCGUCGAUAUUAUGGACAAAUCUGGAAUCCAGGUGGAUCCUUAUAUCGGCGCCGUCCUGAUAGGCAUUGCACGUUUCUUAACCAGUCUCCUAACGGCCGGCGUAUCCCGAAAAUACGGCCGACGUAUUCCGUCGUUGAUUUCCGGUGUCGGGAUGACGAUUUUCAUGGGCGUUCUGUCGCUCUAUCUCUAUCUGGCCGAGAACGGAACUGUCAUGUCGGACAACGGGGUGACCCCGGUAGCGUGCAUGAUGCUGUACAUCAUCACGAGCACUCUGGGUUACCUGGUGAUCCCGUUCGCCAUGGUGGGCGAGGUAUUUCCGUCCAAAGUCAAGGACAUACUGUCCGGCGUGACGGUCGCUAUAGGUUACAUCUUCAGCGCGAUAACCGUUAAGACGUAUCCUGAUAUGCUGAGACUGAUGAGUAUGCACGGCGUGUUUCUCUUUUUCGCGAUUAUCUCUUUCAUCGGCGUGGUAUUCAUCUUGUUAUUCCUGCCCGAGACGAAGGGGAAGACGCUGCGCGAGAUCGAGGACAUGUUCUGCAAGAAGAAGGUCUUCGAGCUACCGGCGGAAGGGGUUGUCGGAGAAAGAGUAGCUUCGAACGCCGUUGGUCUUUUAACAAAUUAAGAAUAUUUAUUGCUUAUAUGGGCAAGAGAAGUAAACCGCGAAUUGCAAUGAGUAUUAAGUCUUCGGAGGAAAACAAGAUUAAAUCGCAAUUGAUGAAAUAAACGUCACGUAGUUUUGUGAUGCUUCGAGAUGUAAUGAUCAAAAGGUAUAAUUUAAGUAAUGAGAUAACUCAAUAUUUAUUUUAAAUACGAGAUCUCUUUUUACUGUGUUAUAUUAAGUAAAGAUUUUAAAGAAGAGAUAGAAGAUGCAAUUACGACAACGCUCUUGUAUUACGAAAGAGUGUCUUGUCAUUUCAAUAAAAGUUUGCAGAAUGAUGACGUAAGCAGUGUAUUAUAUAUCAAAACAUAGUUUUAUAUGCAAACUGUGUUCGCAAACUAUGUAAAUUUAAAGAUUAGAUUCGUACUGUCUGGGAUUCACAUAAAAGAGAUGUGUAAUCUCGAGGAAGAUAAAACGACACGUAUCGGAUUAUAUUUUAUUAAAAUCCAAUAUUUACCGUUUAAUACUUUGAUUGAUAUAUUUUCUCUUCGCAGAAAGGUGGAUUAAAGUGUCGUAUUGCUGAAGAUCUAAAAAAAUGAUAUUGCGUAAAGUGAUGAUAAUACGUUUAAUUAAUUAAAUAUAAGACUUAUUUGUUGUGAUAUACUGUACCAUACAUUCGAUAAUUAAAAAUUGUGACGUAAUAGUAUUAAAA